UUAAUCUCAAACUACUUCUUAAUACAAUUGAAGGUUUCUUGGUUCAUAUUGGUCAUUUUUGGACUUCACAACUGAGGUCAAAAUGACAUUAGAUUUAAGGCAGACUCAGCAUUUAGUUGAAUAUAAAACAAGACGGUUUAUAAGAAGUUCAUUUGCCGACAUCAAGAUAAAGCACACAGAAAAGUGGAAUGAAGCUGUCGACGUGGAAAAUAAAAAUAAAAUUGCUCUUCAAAAACGAAUGCAUCAAGUGAGAAAGCGAAAUGCCCUAGUUAAGCAACGCAUGCUGACAAAAGUGGUUGGUGUUCCAAGAAUUAUCUCCCUUCUUGGAAGGAGCGUUACACCUUACGUCAAAUUUCGACGGAUGGCAAGAGCUGUGAAGAUGUUAAUUCAUGUCUGCCAUGUUUGUAAAAGCCUUUUAGUGACCUCUGUAUCACAAGAAUCCUGGUUUGCCCUACUGGACAAUUUGAUCGCUGUGACCACAUUACAACAAUCACAGAAGAAAGGAAGAGAAUUUGUUAGACUGGUACAAAAUGGUGCCGGAAAAUUCAUGCAGUUGACAUUCGAUCUCAAUGAUUAUAAGCAACAAAAGCAGACAGAGGGUUUAUUUACCGACGAAAUAAGAGACAUUAUGCGACAGAGACCAGGAACACGGAAGCAAGACAAGGUUGAUGAAGUUGUGAAAUGCCUUAAAAGCAUGAGUAAACAGUUCAGAGAGUAUCCAUUUACUGUACAAAGGAAAAUUGUCCAGUAUUCUUUCUAUGACAAGUACAAACAUAACAGAGUUAUCCUUCGUGAAGGAUUAGCUCCAGAUGGAAUCUACUUUAACGUUAGCGGAACAUUGAUAACAAAACCUGAAGGAAGAAAGAAUACAGAAGAGAUUCAUCCUGGCGAUAAAUUUGGGGAAGAAGAUUUGAUUUGCGGAUGUGCCAGAAGAUCAACUGUCAUAACAAGACACGAAGUGGAACUGCUAUUUCUUCAUCGAUUUGAUUAUAUGGAUAUAUUUGAUAUGGCUGCUGAUUCUAAUGACGAGAAAAACCUAGAAAUCUGCAAAAAGAAUGAAGUCCUCAGACAUUUUCCACUGGAAAAAUUAGCUGAAAACCCUGGAACAUGGAGUGUUUUGAAAUACAAAUAUGGAAGACUAAUGGUCAAAGAUAGCAAUGACGUGGAAUGGAUAUAUGUUAUCAAAUCAGGCGAAGCGCGUGUCUUAUCAUAUUUGAAACCAGAAAUCAUUGAUAUCUCUAAAAGACGGAAAGAGAUACAGAAAAUGAUGCAAAUGGAGUCCCCAUUCUACAGGAAGAAGAAGUUGCUCAAUUUUAUAGCUGGUCGUGAUUCAACUGAGUCAGCUUAUAAAUCGGCAAACUAUCACCCAGGACAACGACGAGGUUUAGUGUCUGCACCGCCUACAUAUGGACAUCGAAGGUGUCUUGACGAUUUGGCUUACAAAAGUUUUCCGGAGACGCCUAGAAAUUAUCAAACAUUAGAAUCGGUAAUUGGAAAGAGAGAACCAUUGAAGCAAAUUACAAACGAUGUUAAGUUGCCAACACUUCAAGUUAUUAAUUCGGCAAGAUCCUCAAAAAGAAGGGACUCAGAAGACGAUAAUGAAGAAAAUGAAACCAAAAAUAGUGCACGUGAACCGGAAGAGAAAACAGAAAAUGAACACGUGACCAUUGAAGACCUUAAACCAAUUACCGAAUCAAAAACUUCGUUUUAUCAGAAAACUGGAACAAGAAACACGGUUAAUUUAUUGCCAAGAGCAAAAUCAGAAAUGUCAAGUCUUCUAAGCAGAUCUGGUUCUAGAAUGAAAAUUGAAAAAUCACAAUAUGAAUCAAGUGUCAAAAGUUUAUCUGAAAGACAAAAAAGUGUUGUCAAAAAGAGGGAGCUCCCUCCAUUUGUGCAAGUAGAAGUGCUUCAUCCAGGACAAUCGUUUGGUUUGCUGUCUCUUUUGGAACCAUCACAAAGAGGACCAUCAGUAAGCUUAGUAAGCGGAGAGUGCGAAGUCCUUGCAAUCAACAAAAAGUUCUUCAAUAAAAACUGUGAUGAUGCGAUGAAAAGUUUGAUUAUUUUGAAGGAAAAACCCUUCCCUCCACAACAGGAGCUGGUGGACAGGCUAGAUAUAUCCAUGCAAUGGGACGAAUUUAAACAUGAUACUGUGAAAGAUUUCAUGGACAAUUUAACGAGAAUGAAAGAAAUUAAGCGAUGAAUUGUUUGAGGCGUGAUUGAUAUACUAACUUGUCUUUCAUUUCAUGUUUUAACUCUUUUUUUAUAAAAAA